CUUAUCGCUAUCGGAGCUGAUAAGAAAGCUGCGUCAACAAAUGUCAGCGUAAAUACCGAGUCAAAUUCGGUUGUUUAACAAAAAUAAUAACAAGUGUUUUUACUAAGAAAAAAAAAAAACGAACAAGCAUAGUAUUCCAAGUGGUGGAAAGGGCGGCUGGUCAUUAACAAAAAACAAAGAAAGCAGAGGCCAGUGCAGGUUUAUGAACGAGAAUUUCCAAGAAUCUUUAAUUACUGAAAAAAUCGCUCACGUGCCACUGAUUACCAGCAAUCAGCAACCGUCAGUCGGCUAAUAUAAAACUAAGCACACAUACACACACAUAAAUACAUUGGGAGUAACAAGUAAAUCGAGACAAUAAUAAUGCCCGCAGUUACAAAACUAGCCACUUUCGAAGAAAUUCUGACACUGGCCAAAUCGACAUAUCAUGAAAUUUUUGGCGCUGAUCCAGAAGUGGCCUGCUGUGCGCCGGGACGUGUUAAUUUGAUUGGCGAACAUAUCGACUAUAACGACGGCUUCGUUUUGCCAAUGGCACUGCCUAUGGUGACGCUGUUGGUUGGCGGCCGUCGUACGGACACUAAGGCUUCGGUGUUUACGCACUGUGGUGGCUGUGAUGAUCCGAAGCAUGUGGAAUUCUCACUGAAAGACUUAAAGCCGGAAUUGCCAAAAUGGGCCAACUAUGUGAAAGGUGUUAUUCACAAUUUUGCUACCGAACUGAAGUUGGAGGGACAAUUGCCCGGCUUCAAUGCAGUAUUUGCAUCCAAUGUGCCGGUGGGUGGUGGCCUGUCAUCGAGUGCUGCAGUUGAAAUGGCAACGUUGACCUUUAUGGAACAGUUGACUGGCAAACAACUUGAGAGCAACAAGAAACGUGCUUUGGUAUGUCAAGCCGCUGAACAUAAAUUUGCUGGUAUGCCUUGUGGCAUUAUGGAUCAGAUGAUUUCCAUUGCGGGCCAAAAGGAUCAUGCGCUGCUGCUGGAUUGUCGCUCACUGGAUUCAUUCCAAAUACCAUUUAUUGGCGGCUCCAAGGAUUUGGUGGUUUUAAUUUGCAAUUCAGGUGUACGCCACGAAUUAUCGCAAAGCGAAUAUCCAACCAGACGUAGACAAUGCGCCGAGGCACUCAAACUAAUGGAAAAGACGAGCUAUAGAGAUGCCAAAGUGGAUAACUUGUCAGUGUUGCAGUCGGAACCGAUACUGUUACGUCGCGCCCGUCAUGUCAUAACGGAAACGAAACGAACACAAGAUGCAGCCGAAGCCUUGAAGGCAUGCGAUUUUACAAAGAUGGGCGCACUAAUGAAAGAGUCACAUACAUCUCUACGUGACGAUUUCGAAGUAUCCUGCCGUGAAUUGGAUGUCCUGGUCGAUGCGGCCAUUAAUUGUUCUGGUGUUUUGGGAUCACGUAUGACCGGCGGUGGCUUUGGUGGCUGCACUGUUACGCUGCUGCAACGCGAUGCUGUGGACGAUGUGAUAGCGACGAUGCGUACAAAUUUCACUAAAGAAUUCAAUAAAGAUGCUGCUGAACGUUUGGGAUUCUAUACGUGUGUACCCAGCAAUGGUGCGCGGCGUGUAGACUUAUGAGGUAUAAUGAUUAAUGAAAUGAACGGUAGCAAAAAACAAAAAAAAUUGAAAUAAGUAAAUAAAAAUGUUUAUCGAUAUUUGGAAAAAAUUAAAUUAAAUAAGAACAAAUUUGAUGAAAAAAUUGUAAUCAAAAAAUGUAAUAAAAUAUAAUAA